GAAUGAGCAGGGUUGCAUCUCAGUUUUGCAUAUACAUAGGUCUACCACCUGGAUGCUUCCGUCUGGAACUCAAUUACACUCUCCCUCACAACUUCAGUGAGUUGCUGAUGCUGACCGACUUCGUACCUACGGAAGCCUCCGUCAUCGAGUAAGAGUCGCAGAGACCGGACGGGCUGACAGCACGCUCAUCUCCAGCUCAGGUCUUAUUGAGCCCUUUCGAACCACAUUCCUCUUACCAACUUUAUUCGUUCCAACUUCGGAGCAUGGAGACGGGAUUUGCCGCCAUGGGUAAUCAGCAAUUGUAUUCCCGUUUUGGGACAACAUGGCAAGCCUUUGUGCUUUCCUUCCUGGUCUUCUGGUUAUCGCAGUCGCCCAUCGUCCACGCGCAACAGCCAUUCAUGCCGGUUGAAACAGCGAGGGCACUCAGCGGCAGCACACUCGAAGGCAACGUCUUGGAAAAACGGCAGGCAUGCAUCUCCAACUUCUUCAGCUGCUCGGGAGUAGGAGCUGCUUUCAGCGACGUAUGUUGCCAGUACGGCUACACCUGCGCGCUUGAUCAGAACAACCAACCGGCUUGCUGUCCAGUAAAUGCCAUCUGCACCGGCACCGCUCCAGCCGGCGUCGCCGCCCCCAGCCCAACCGCGCCGGUUUCCUUCGUCGCCAACCCUUACUUUUCCUUCCCCUACGUCGCUACAUACUUCCCGGAUGCCGAGCAAUGCUCUUCAGCCGUCAGCCAAUGCAGCGCCAACUACGUUGCCUGCAGCGACAAGCUGGACGGGCUAGGCGGUCAGUACGGUGUCACCAUUGUGGUGCCCGGCGGCGCGGGAACGACCGUGGGCGUUAAUGUCGGGACCACGGUCGGGCUUGAGAGUGCUUCUAGGAUUUGCAGCAGCUUGUCAAGCGUUGCUUGCCACGGUUUGGAGAAUAAUAUGUGCUCUAUGACCGCCACAACCGCCAGUGGCUUCUACUUUGGCACGGGUGCCCCUAACAGGGCAUCCUCGCGCAGAGGCUUCACCGGCCUUCUUGUCGCUGCUGGUGUGGUGGCGACGGUGUCGGCUCUUCUCUAAUUCUGCGCUCUUUGGAGGGGCGCUAACCCCUAGCAGUAUUGCGCAAAUCGGUGACGGACACUUGAGUGGAAAAUAACGAAUGGAGUGAUCAGAAGUGUGAAGGCCGGAAUUUCUCCUUCCCUUUGCGAGUGAUGAUGUCAACGAAGCCAUGAAUGAUAUCAAGAAGCCAUAGGAUUAUUCUGUCUUGAUCUGCACGUAUGCAAUCAUGAUCAGUAACGUCUCGAAUGUAUAAACGAUUCGCACAAUUGACGGGGCAUGGAGAAGGCUGUUGGAGACAUUGAUUGAAAACCAAGCAGAAAAGGGUCACAAAAUCGAGUGCAGUGAAGUCACGUUGAGAGGGAAAUUGAGCGCCCAAAAUAUACAUCGCAAUGCAUGAAGCCAAAGCAAGCCCGUCGCACAGAAACAAACAAACAAACAAAAAAAAAAAAAAAAAAAAAAAAA